AUGUCUGAGGGGUCUGCCGUCCACCAGUGGCUGUGCUGGGGCGCUCUCUACCUGUUGGCAGCGAGGGUGGCAUUGUCUUCUGAAACACGCCGGCCGUGUCCACAAUCCUGCCACUGCAACAGCGUGCUGCAGGAGGUGAACUGCUCCGAUGGCCAACUUACCACAGUGCCCAACAGUCUCCCACAAAACACCAAGCUACUAAACUUAACACAUAAUAAGAUGAAGACUCUGGUGCACUGGCAGUUCCAGAGUUUGCCACAACUUUUAGACUUGGAUUUGAGUGACAACAUUAUGGCAUUAAUUGAAGUGGAAGCAUUCCUCGGCUUAGAAAGACUGAUAACUCUGCGUCUUGCUCGCAACCACUUGAAGAUUAUUCCUGUCGGAGUGUUUGCUGGUUUGCCAGAACUAAAGUUACUGGAUAUAAGCAGCAACGAGAUCCUUGUUUUUCUAGAUUUUACUUUCCGUGAUCUAACUGCCCUGCAGUUUUUUAAAGCAGCCGAUAACGACUUAGUUUUUAUUUCUCAUCAAGCUUUCACCGGCUUAACCAGUCUGCAAGAGUUGCACCUUGAUGGCUGCAACCUCACUGCGGUGCCGACAGAGGCGCUCACACAGCUCAGUGGGUUAAGAAGUCUUCAUUUUCACCAACUGGGCCUCGCCACGCUGCAAAACUAUUCUUUCCGUCAACUAGAGCAUCUCAAGGAACUCGUCAUUACUAGUUGGCGAUGGUUGGAGACCCUGUCAGGAAACAGCCUAUUUGGCCUAAAUCUAACAUCCCUAACCAUUAGACACUGUAACCUCAGAGCAGUCCCCUACAUCCCUUUGCAUCAUCUUGUAUAUCUUGUAUACCUUGACCUUUCUUUUAACCCAAUCACAGACAUUCACAGGAACCUGUUAGGAGAAUUGCUCCGGCUCCAAGAGCUCCAUCUGGUAGGCGGCUCAUUGCUACGUAUCGAAAUCGGAGCAUUCAAGGGUUUGGCUCAUUUCAAACUGCUGAAUGUAUCUAGAAACCUUCUCACCACACUCGAGGUAGGAGCUUUCCAUUCAGUGGACACCCUCAAAACUCUGGGACUUGAUAACAACCCACUAGCAUGCGACUGCCGUCUGCUGUGGGCGGUGCCAAGGCGACUAUAUCUCGACUUUAGAGGAAAUCCACCGACUUGCACUACCUCAGAUCAGUUGCAGGGACGGUAUUUUCUAGACUUUACUGAAAGUGAGCUACCGGGCCUGCUCACAUGUCGGCAGCCUCGUAUUCUAAACCGCAGACCUCGAGAAGUGAGAGUAGAUCAAGGACACACGGUAGGGGUUUAUUGCGUUGCAGAAGGUGACCCUCUGCCAUCUGUCACCUGGAUAAGCCCACAGCUAAAACCUCUAUCAUCUAUUGGUAGAAUACGGGCUCUCUCUAAUGGCUCGCUGGAGGUUCGCUAUGCUCAACCUCAAGACAGUGGUGCUUAUCUCUGUGUGGCAUCUAAUGCGGCAGGAAAUGACAGCCUGCCUGUCAGCCUUCAUGUCCGAGCCUUUCCAUUGUCUUCUGAAAAACACUUUCGUCUUAAAGGUUGGUUUGCCUUUCCGUCUGCCUCUCCAGGUUUGAGCGGAAAACAGAAUAUCCCUUUUGAUGUCAAGACUUUAAUGGUAGCUGCCACCAUCGGGUUUCUUUCAUUUUUCAGUUCUGUCAGCGUAUGUUUCAUCUUCAUGUUCUUCUGGAGUAAGAGUAGAGGCCAAAUAAAGCACACAGCCACGAUAGCAUACGUCCCGCGUAGCGCCGUGUCAAGUAGUAAUGGAGGGAAAGGCAACUAUAUGGAGACAAGCAGGUUCACCAUGAAACUAAUAUGA